AUGUCUGCUGUUGUCGACCUGGAGGAUGAGCUCGUCGGUACGACUCCGGAUACGAGUAUAGCCGUUUCCAACCCACAAAAGCGAACGACCAAGCGGUGGUCAUUCCACAACAACAAGAAGCCCGACCUCGUCAAUCUGGUUGCCGAGGUUGCGGGUGAGGGCAAACGAAGACUCACCGAUGUGGGGGACGGCGAUCGGGUCCACAAUGAGAUCGAUCCCCUGUGUAUUUUGGGUGGAGCCCAACUAUAUCUGACCGAGCUGGGUCGGUUGUUCCACGCCGGUAAGAUCUGUAUCGUAUUGGCGGGGUUGCCCGGGAGAGGUAAAACCCAUUUGCUGGUUGCCCUUACCCGGUAUCUCAGGUGGCUCGGGGUCACGACUCACUCCUUCCAUUUGGGGAACUACCGUCGUGCUAAAGCUGAUGAUUUGGAUUACGAUCUUUUUGUUCCUCACCCCGACAACCAUGACGCCUCCGAUAUCCGACAAAAGAUUGUCGAUGAGUGUUUGAAUGACGUGCUCAACUUUUUCAAGCAUGACCGAGGUCAGAUUGCAAUCUACGAUGCCGUGAAUGCCUUACCCGAAUAUCGUAUUGAUUUGGCUCGGCGAUUCCAAGAAGUCAAUGUUCAAGUAUUGUUCAUCGAACUGUUGGUUGAUGACGAUUCUUUGAUCAUGAAGAACAUUGCCCUGGCUGCGAAGCUGUCACCUGAUUACCGACUGUGGGAUUAUCAGAAGGCCUACGAAGAUUACUCCAAUCGCAUUCAACACUUAACUCCAUACUACCGAGAAAUGGGAAAAACCGAAGGGGAACAACAAUUAAGCUACAUUAAAAUCAAUAAUUUUGGAGAGCGCAUUGAGGUUCACAAUUCGAACUACGGGUAUCUCGUAAAUAAAGUAUUGUUUUUCAUCAUGAACUCCACGAUUAAACUGGGACUGGUUUAUUUCGCAAGGUGUUGGAAACGUGAGCUCCAUAAUACUGAAGAUCCCCCCUUGGAUGACGAAGGCAAAGUGCAUGCCCACAAUGUUACACAGACUUUACUAGAGCACUUACGAAGCAAAGGCCGUGAGUAUGCUAAAGAUGACUGUGGCAAGGAUAAAGCAGCCCCUUUGUCUGCUGAUGGUGCUCGCGAUGGUCUUGUUGUUUGGGGCAGUGUAAAACAGCGCACAUUGGAGUACUUGAAAGAAUUUACGGACCGAGGUUUUACGAUUCGUCAACGAAUUCAACUCUCUAAAAAGAUCCCUGGUGUCGUUGCGGGGAUGUCGGACAAGGAAAUCAAAGAUAAUUAUCCAGAAGACUAUGCAAGUUAUCAGUCUGAUCCAUACCACUUCAGGUACCCAAGACUGGAGCUGUAUCAUGAUUUGGCUAUUAAAAUUGAACCGCUUAUUUUGGAGAUGGAGCGUAUGAAUGGUGAUUUGUUGGUCGUAGCAGAUGACACCGUCAUUAAAGUGUUCUUGGGUUACCUAUUGUCGGUUCUGUGCUAUGAUAUUCCAAACUUGGAGAUCGCUCAGGAUGAGAUUGUGGAGAUUCAAUUUAACGCCUACGCGAACACGUUCGAACGCAUUAAAGUUAAAGAAUUCAAAUAG